CUCUAUAUAUGGGCCUUCCCCCAACUCCCUUAACAAACAGACUCACCCCUCUUUCAUUUCCGAUAUUACCCCCCUUCUCUUCCUUGUUCCAGAGGAGGGACAACAACACCAACAAGGAACAAACAAACAUCCUCAACCACACCCUUCGCCCUCAGAUCUACGCGCCUUUUCUCUCCUCUCUAAUUUACUAACCAUGGGCACGGAGCUUCUGCGCCCGCAAGAUUGUUUGUCCCAACGCAUCGGCCUUCCACCGCCCUUCAUCUCCCGCCGGAGGAACUACGCCGCAAAUAAUGCCUUCUCUUACAGGGGCGCCCGGAGGAAACGGGUCGUCGACCCAAAACCCAGCUCCGAUGAUUCCAGGCUUCCGAGGUUGCUCAUGGAGAAGGUUACCAUUCUCCGGAGGGGGGAGUCCCUCGAUUCGAAUCUAAAAACCCAGCCUUUGAAGAAGCAAGGGGACGCCUUGGUUGUCGUUGGAACGCAGAGGCUCGGACCCGACCCGGAAAUGGUUCCCAAGCAGAUCCGAAUCGCCGAUUUCAAACCGGUCUACGCCGGGUCCGCCUUCGCGGUUUCGCCGUCGCCCAGCGCGCUUCCGUUGCCGUCUUUUUUCAGGAAGCAGGCGGCGGUGGACGACUCCGCCACGCGGGAUCUCAGGCGUCUGCUUAGACUCGAAUGAGCCGGCCCCGGUUGUGACGAUGGCCUCUCUCUGUCUUCCCUUGUUCUUCCUGGUUUAAUCUAGACUCUUUUUCGUUACGCCCCUACCGGCUUCGGAGCCCCGACCCGACCGUGUUUUUUUUAAACGGGAGGGGGGGAUCUGGAAUUAGGGGAAGUUGGGGGCGAAAGUGUUAAUAAAAGAAGUUUGGAGUAGUUUAUGUUUUGUGAGGUCUUGUGGCUGUGGAGGGUGGGUGGUUGUUAAAUUAAACGUUUAGGUUGUAAUGUUUAUCCAGUUAGGAUGGAGAAAAACAAAUAAACUAAAAAAUGGAGAGAGGAAAGAAGGGAGGAAGAUGGGGGUUGAUUUGUAAAAUCCGGAAGUGUAUGGGUUGGGGCUUAAAUCCAUGGAUUCUGCUAUGUAGUAGGUCUGUACCCUUUUGUAAUGUAAAGUGAAAAAACUAAAUAGGGAAAUUUGAGCAGUUUCUUAUUUUCUAUCA